AGGUUAAGCAACUUUCCCAAGGUCAGGCAGCUAGUAAGUGGCAAAGGCCAAGCUGGGAGGACAGCCUGUAGCAUCAACCGUGCUCUCUAGGCUGGAUUCAGUCUCCGCGAUCCCGGCUUCUCUUGCUUCUUUAAGCCUGGGCUUCUCCGCCCGUAAAAAGGAGGCGAGGGAUCCAGCUGUCAGCCUCUGCCAUGGGCAGGCGAGAGCACAGUUCCGGGGUCAUCUCCACGGAGGGCAAGUCCGGGAGGCGGAGGCCCAGGGUCGCUCAUUCUGGGCUAACGGCUCGUACUCCACCGCCCCGCUCCUCACCGGUUCCCAUGACAACUCGGCUAGCUGCCAGCCAGGGGCGGACGGCAUGCGUCACUUCCGGAUCCGUUUACUUCCGGGUCCAGGCCCCAGCCCGGGUCGUGCCUUUCAGUCUCUACAGUGAAAUUCCGCCGCUUCUGUGCCCGCUCUUCUGCCUUCCGCUCCUUCCUCCUUCGCCCGUGGGCAUCGGCCUUUCCCGGCCCAGCGCGCAGCCGCGGCCCGGCCUCCCUUCGGACCCGCCUCCGAGGAACGUCAUUUCCUGGCCGAUUGUUUCCGGGUCGCCGCUGGCACCGGGGUACAGGUCUCAAGCCCCUGCAGCCGCCCGGAGCGGCGAGAACCCACCCGGCCCGGUCUGGCGGCGGCCGCGGCUCUUUCUCGCUUCCCUCGGCCGGGCGUCUUCGGGGGCAGUGGCGGGAACACUCCGCUGGUCCAGGUGGGCAACAUGUUAGUGCUUCUAGCCAUGUCCCUGCCUCUAAUCCAGAGGCCAUGGAGGAGAUAAGGUAGCCCCUCAUCCCUGGAUCUGAUGGGGAAGCCCAGUUCAAUGGAUACAAAAUAUAAGGAUGACUUAUUUCGGAAGUAUGUGCAGUUCCAUGAGGGCAAAGUGGACGCCACCCCCAGCAAGCAGCGGCCUGGCAAUGAUGAGUACCUGCGGGUGGCAGCCUCGACCUUGCUCAGUCUGCACAAGGUGGAUCCCUUUUAUCGAUUCCGGCUGAUCCAGUUCUAUGAGGUGGUGGAGAGCUCCUUGCGUGCGCUGAGCUCCUCCAGCCUGCGGGCUUUGCACUGCGCCUUCAGUGUGCUGGAAACGGUGGGUGUCAACCUCUUUCUCUACCCAUGGAAGAAGGAAUUCAGAAGCAUUAAGACCUACACGGGCCCCUUCGUUUAUUAUGUCAAGUCCACGUUACUGGAAGAGGACAUCCAAACCAUCCUGAAUUACAUGGGCUACGUGCCUGAGUUGGGGACUGUGUACAAGCUCACAGAAUUGGUGGAGACCCUGCAGGUGAAGAUGGUCUCCUUUGAACUCUUUCUGGCCAAGGUGGAGUGUGAGCAGAUGUUGGAAAUCCACUCCCAAGUCAAGGACAAAGGCUACUCUGAGCUGGAUGUGGUAAAUGAGCGCAAGAGCAGUGCAGAGGAUGUGCGGGGCUGCUCCAACGCCCUGCGGCGGCGGGCUGAGGCCCGGGAGCACCUGCCUGCUCCAGUGGCUCGAGUGGCACUCCAGAAGUCGGCCAGCGAGCGGGGGGCCAAGGACUACUACAAGCCGCGUGUGACCAAACUCUCGAGGUCAGUGGAUGCCUACGACAGCUACUGGGAGAGUCAGAGCCGGAAGCCGCCCCUGAAGACCUCGUUGAGCCUGCGGAAGGAGCCUAUAGCGGCAGAGGUAGGGGAUGACCUCAAGGAUGAGAUCAUCCGCCCAUCCCCCUCACUCCUGACCAUGUCCAGCUCCCCCCAUGGCAGUCCUGAUGACCUUCCACCCUCCUCCCCCAGCAAUGGCCUUGGCCUGCUGCGUGGCACGUACUUCUCUGCUCAGGAUGACGUGGAUCUCUACACAGACUCAGAACCUAGGGCUGCGUACCGGAGGCAGGAUGCCCUGCGACCAGAUGUGUGGCUGGUCAGAAAUGAUGCCCACCCUCUCUACCAUAAGCACUCGCCCCCCACCAAAGAGUCCGCCCUAUCCAAGUGCCAAAACUGCGGCCUGUCCUGUAGCUCCUCCCUCUGCCAGCGCUGUGGCAGCCUGCUCCCCGGCCCCCCAGCCUCCAAGCCCAGCAUCUUCCCCAGCAAGUCCUCUGCCCACGACAGCCUGGCCCAUGGGUCAUCUCUGAGGGAGAAGUAUGCGGGCCAGACUCAGCUGGUGCACCCCCACUCAAAAUCCAAGUCCUCUACCACAGCCACCUCCCGCUGUGGCUUCUGUAAUCGCCCAGGUGCCACCAACACCUGCACUCAAUGUUCAAAAGUUUCCUGUGAUGCCUGCCUCAGCGCCUACCAUUAUGACCCCUGCUGCAAAAAGAGUGAGCUGCACAAGUUCAUGCCUAACAACCAGCUGAACUACAAGUCCACCCAGUUCUCCCAUCUCGUGUAUAGAUAAACUGGGCCUUGCUCCUCCCUGCUACAAGGGCUACACCACUGAUCUUUCUGGUUUCAUGGGGAAGAUGUGUUCAUACAUUGAUCUGGGAAGCAGAGAACCGCACUUGACCAUGUAGGUGCCGGGGAUAUGGGUCAGCUGCACCAUGUAGGAGUUCACUUAGUGACUGACAUAUUUCAGCUGAUGGCUGCUUUGUCGCCUGACAAGGGAGAGGGUGGCACUUCCAUUUAGAUUCAUUUUUCUAAUCUCUUUAUCGCCCCCCCCUUUUUUUUUAAAAAAAGAGGAUUUCUAUCCCAGGGACUCUUGCCACAUCUACCCUUCCCACCACAAAGCCAACUUGGACUAGGAAGGGCCCUCCAGGUCACUUCCUGGAAUGGUGAGCUAGAGGCCUGUUGGCUUGUGAAAUGAGCCCUCCUGCCACACUGGGCCUCUUCCAAUGGCUCAUCCCCUUUGCCACUCCCUCCCCAAAUACAGUAUUAGCUGAAUGUCAUCCUGUGGCCACCACAACUCAGUUCAGCCCAUGGCGUUUGUGAACUUUGCUCCAACAUAUUGAAGUGUGGACCUUCAACAGCAGGACUGACUCCCCCUUUCUGUUGUUUGCACAUGCCCCUCUUACUGUACUGUAAAUAGGUAAUUUUGGAAGUUUAUUUUUAAAUAAAUAAUCAACUUGC